UUUGAUCAGGCUGUUGAUUGUGGUCAUGGAAUGUCCUUCUUCAGUGGCUGGAUAUUGGCAGGAACCGAAACGUACUGUUGCACGCUGAUCCAGAGAAUCCCAAACUUGCUCAGUGGGUGACAUGUCCGGCUGCACCUGUGCUUGGCUGUCACCCUCCAUAGAACGGCCCCCCGCUCUGGUACAACUGCUUGGCGACAAAGGUCCUUGUUUUUUUUUCCCUUCGGACCUCUAGUGUCGAACAAGGUAAGACACUGUAUGAGGUCAAGUGUUAGAAACGUCCUUGUGAUUGGGGUGAACGCUAUCACAGCCGGAAAUAGAAGUGUCUUAGAAUGUUUUUGUCUCCGUUUGGGCUCAUUCCUAUUGUACGACUGUUGUGAGGGGAGAGAUGGAAGAGAGUUUUGAUACGUUUGAGGAGGAGUUAGGCAUACCAGAUCCUCCACCUCAGAGGCCUGUCAGACAGGUCCGCAGACCAGGGCCAGAAGCCAUAGGACAAAGUUUACAGUACCAACUGUCCUGGUCUGCUCCCAAUACAGAAAUGUACGCCCAGGAGACGAGGAGGACCAUCCAGGAAAGUGCCAUCCCUUCUCAACAGGAACCUCCAGUAAUGCCAGGCCCCAAAAUGAUGCCCAGAGAAUCCAUUAUCCUUGCAAAAACCAUGUCCCUCCAGAACCUGAGCCAGAGAGAGACACCCUGGGAAGGGGUCACGCUGAACCGUUGUCUGUUCAUCGCCAUCACCCUGCUGGUGCUCAACUCUGGCUUCCAGAAACUACACGAAACCCUAAAAGGCCGAAAUGCUGUGGAGGAAGAAGGUUAUUAUGAAGCGCUGACUGUAAGGCGUUCAGCACUGAGACGCGACGUCCAACCCCAGGAGCCUGAGGCUUCUCUGUAUGAGGUGCUUUUCUGGUGGAUACCCGAUUUUGAUGAUGACGACGAUGAAGAUGACGAUGACGAAGAUAAGAAAAUGAAAACGAUUCAACUGAAGAAGGGUGUCCGAGAGAGGUCCCUAAAGGGCCUGAGAAACAGGGCCACACCAGAGAAACUUCUCAAAGGCAGAGAGAGAGCGAAGAAGCAGAGGACCAAGAAGAGGGAUAAAGAAAUGAAUGGGAAGAAAAAGGGAAAACAGGCCAAGAUAGCAGCAGACCAAGACGAUGAGAAAAAAGAUGAAGAUGGAGAGAAAGUGUCAGAAGAUGAAACCAAACCAAAGAACAUACAAAACACUAAGAAAUUAAAAGCCAUCAAAACCUAGAAAGGCAAAUGGCAUGCCAUCUGUUGAGUGAUUUGGUAAAGGUGUUCAAGUUCUCAAGUAAUAGCAAAAUUAGGUCAUGUUGUGUGGCCUCUUAGUGAACACUGUUUUCUCUUAAAAAAAUUUAAAACUAGUAAAUAGUGCAUUAUUGUUGGUUAAUUGGCAGCAUUCACAAUUUCCAGCAAGACAAAUAGGAUUUAGUUCCCAUUUAUUUGUUCAGAAUAUUGUUCAAUUCCUUUAUAAACAUGUAAGUACUGCAAAGAUUUGCAAUAUGUCUUUUGAGUAAUUUUUGGGGUCUUAUUGUAAAAUAACAUUCUAACUGGGGGCUUGUGUUAACAAUGGGUAUGUCCCAAUACAGCUUACACACUUCAUCCACUCGAUGGAUUGAAAAUUAAAAUGGUCACUCAUCUACCCCAUGAACGUUUCAUUAUGUUGCUUCCAGAUGUUAAAUAGAUUCAAAUAUCUCUGUGGUGAAAAAAUUAUGUUG